AGUUAUCAGUGGACCUUCGUGGUGUGCGGGUGUCUUCUCUGCAGCAGCUUCCGCGCACAGUUAUCAGUGAAAGGAGUGCAAGCGCGGGCCAACAGUGCAGUGCCCCUCACAGCCCCAGUCGGGGGCGCUCUGAAACAUUUUCCGCGUACGGAGGAGUAAAGAAUAGAUCGCGCGUUUAUUAUUAGCUGCAUUUUACCAGAGUUAUUUAUUGUGGUGUUUUUCUGCGGACGGCUGAAGAGGAGAUUUCUGGGCGUACAGGGCUCCCAGUAAGGUGUAGGAGAGAGUGAGAGGAAUUCGCGCGACCCGCCAAAUGGCCUACGACCCUCCUGUGCCUCUCUAAAACCUUCCCGCGGACAAACGUGUGUGUUUGUGUGUGGCAUUGUAUAUCCAGUGAAAAUUGAGAGACAAAAGAGCAGAGUGGACAACCGAAAAACCAGUGAAAAGCGCUUCGAGUUUCCUGUAGACGAGGAGGGGGCAAAAAAAAUCGCUGAUUGAUAUCACAAAAGCAGGAAGAGCAAAAGUAUCGACAAUGUGGGUCUUUCAGUGGUGAAAUUGUACCAGAAGGUGGCAUCAGAUAGCAUCGUACAAAUUGCACGGAAAUGGCCUAUUCUGCAUAGACAUAACAUUCGAAGGUAGUUGAACUCCCUGUGACUGUCCGUACGGAAACAAUCGCCCUGGAGACUGAACUGCCCGUCAUAGUUCCACCUCUCUCUACGCCACCAUAUCAGCGACUCACUCAAGCACUCCAAAAUGAACCGAGAUUCGCAGAAGAGGUGGCACUGGGGAGAAGGAUUGGAAUGUACAAAUUCUGCAAGGAUAUUGGACGUGGCAAUUUUUCUAAAGUUAAAUUAGCUGUCCAUCAGUUGACGAGAGAUAGUGUAGCCAUAAAAGUGGUGGACAGAACACGAUUGGAUGCUCGUGCACUCCGCAUGCUCUCUCGUGAAGUAACAACGCUGGAAUGUGUUCACCAUCCCAAUAUUUUAAGACUAUUCGAAGUUGUGGAGACACUGAAUCGUGUUCACCUGGUGACAGAAUUCAUAUCAGGUGGCGAAUUGUAUCAUCGCCUAAUCAACGAGGGGCCAAUUCAGGAACAGCAAGCAUGCAAAUUAUUCCGACAACUUCUCUCCGCUGUCCGUCAUAUGCACAAUUUGGGAUUCGUCCACAGGGAUAUCAAAGCGGAAAAUGUGCUUCUAGUCAAUGAGGAUAAAGUCAAACUGGCGGAUUUUGGAUUCAGCACACAAUUAUCAAAUGAACCAUGUCGCACAUUCUGUGGAAGUCCACCCUAUGCUGCUCCUGAAUUGUUCAGUGAUGACGACUAUGUGGGGAAGCCUGUGGAUGUGUGGGCACUUGGGGUGUUGCUGUACUUUAUGAUCAUCGGGAAUAUGCCUUUCAGGGCACCCACUGUUCCGGCUCUAAGAGCUGCUGUCCUCAAAGGAGAUUACCUUCUUCCUGGUCACCUAACUCUUCCAUUAAUUCGUCUUAUGCAGCGAAUUCUAGUUCAUGUGCCAUCUAGGCGUCCUACAAUCGAACAAAUGAUCCAGUGCCAGUGGUUAAAUAAUCCCCCAAAACCCCCAAAUGAGAUAAAUCGUAAAAAAUCUGGCUUCUGGCGCAUUAAGGCUCGUAAUAUCCGCUCUUCACGUUCCACAAAAGAUCUCGCUCAACUUGAUUCUCGUUCCUUUGCUCCCAUCGCAUGCAACACACGCCGUGGCAAUAGUGUCCUCGAAGAUAACUUCCUCUUCCCAUUGGAUGUGAUUACGCGCGAUGAAGCUGAAAGUGAGCAUGCAAAUUCAGUGCAGCACAGAAGAUCGUUUUUUGGUGCCAACUCCAAGAAGAAAAUUGGACCAAUGGAAACUGAACGUCGUGAGUCGGGGAAGAUGUUCAAACGCGGCAGUUGCAUUGAGAUCAUGAGCAACAAUGAGGUGCUAAAUGACAAGAAGCAUAUUCUCAUGGAAUCCAAAUCAGCGGUUGACAUUCAGCAUACACCGUCGCACGAGGAAGAGGAGGGUGAGUACAUCAUGAAGCCCUCCUUUACGUACGACCUCACCCACCUACAUCCGCUGGAAAUUGAAACAAGACGUAUUCUAGAGAAGCUGGGUAUCUCAUCGGAGAUGCUUUGCCAUUCCAUAUCAAGUGGACCAAGGAGCGAUGUUAUAGGUGCUUACCGAAUAGUUAUAAAUCGUCUACAGAAGCAGAUUCUGCUGGCCAAAUUGAAGGAAACCCUUGCCAAAGAGGAAGCAAAUGCCACCAAAUCCAAAGGAAACACCACCUCAUGUGUCAUUUUGUAGGAAAUGAAAAUGAUUCACAAUCUCUUUUUACCUCCAUUUUUUAGAUUUUAUUCGCUGUAGAUGGGGAGAGAAAUGGUGCAGAAUGUUAAAGAAAAAAAAUCUCGCACUUGUUUAUGCUCACAGAUGGUUUGUAAAUGAGAGUGAGAUAUUUUAAUUGAGAAAAUGCUUGAAAGUGAGAUUUAUGUGUUGUUAGUGGGAAGAGGUGGAGCAUAAAAGACAGUAUACAUUAAGAUUGCUGAUAUAGAUUUUCAAAAUAAAAUGUGAUCACUAUUGUGAUUUAAUAUCGUUUGGGGCCUCUUUUUUUCUGCCAACGAGACGAUACCCAGCAGGGAAGAUGCUGUGGAGAAGAGGAUCAACGAUAUAUUUAAAUAAAUGUUUUAAAUUUAUAAGUUUAUUAGAUGUUCUGUGCACUUCACUCCUGAAGUGCACCACACAGAGUACGUGGGUUCCUAAACUUAAGUCGAGAUUAGAUGAUUAGAAAAAACUUUACUGGAUUACCAAUGUAUUGUAAAGAAAAAAAAACUUCAAGAAAAAAUCUUUUUUUAAUUUAACCACGAAAAAAGCAACAAUUUUGUAAUUUUCUUUGCAGAGAUUUAAAGCAAGAAAAUUACAAAAUGGCGGCUUUUUUCUUUAAAUGCUUCUUGUAGAAGGGAAACUUCUUAUUUUUUGCAUUUAUAAAAAAAACACACAACUGAUGAAAAUAUUUCCAUAAAAUUGUUCAAAAAGUGCACAAUGAAUUUUGCAAGAUAGUGAAACUUUUUAAAACCUCAUUAGUGUAAAACAGGACUCUUCAAAAGUCUCAAACUUUUUUCAAGCAGAAAAAUUUUCCAACUGAAACUCAAUGAGAUUUUAUGCUAUACAACAUCUCACAUUUUUCUCAUAUUGGGAUGUUUGCGCUUUUAAGACAAAAUUCGCAUCUCUGCUUGAGAUAUUGAUGCAUUUUCAUACUUUGAAAGCAAAAUCAAAUACCAUAAAUACCAUUAAAUAGUUGAAUAGUGAUGAAAAAUGUAGCGUGAAAUUAAAUGUUAUUGCAGCAAAUAAAGACAAUGUUAUAUAAUUGAAAA